UUGACUAAAAUACCAACAAACGUCUGUAUCAUACCAGGAAAAGUUUAUACAGAAAAAAUAAUAAAUACUCACGGAACAUCGUCAGGGAAAGGGAACAAUGAAAUAUCGUUUCCAUCGAUUUUGGUAUCCUGAUUUGAAAGACAACCGUGUACCACGCAGGUUAACAUUAUAUCGGUGAUAAUUUCCUUUCAAACGAACCCGUUCCCUCAUAAAAUUCAACAGUAAUCUUUCAUAAAUGAAACUAGGCAUAAACAGAUCAUAACCUAAAAUCUGAAAGGUUUUCAUACAAAACGCUACUUGUAGUAGGAGGAAAAAAUAUUAUACACCGCUGUUACUCAUAUGGAAUGACUUAUAAUUUCGUAUUAUAUAGAUUAAGUUAAAAAUUAUUUACAUCAGUCUAGAUUUCCCUAGAAAUAAAAUUUCGCACGAAAGACUGACGUAAAUAAUUUUUACUCAGAGAAUUCGUAAAAAUCAACAGUGUAUAAAUACUUUAUCUUUCACUGUAUAAUUGAGGUUUACCGCUAAAAUUUACAAACAACAACGACAAAUGCUACUGUAAACACAGUGCAGCUGCAUUUAAAGCGGAGCUGUGAUCACACCGCUUGAUGCAAGUGGCUACACAUUAACCGAUAAUUAAACUCCUCGCCAAUCGCGUUUUUCUCUCGCCCUUUCGUCUCGUCAAUCAUGCACAUCGAUUGGUUAUUUCUCCUUGUUGCGACCGACGAUAGCAUAACAAGUGCAUAAUUUGGAUCAAGGUUACCCGAAUCUUCUUGACAAAGAAAGUACACGAAAACAUAUUGAUAUGCAUUUCCUAUGUGAUGCAACAGAUGUGAAUUGUAUUCCUACGUAUACGCUGUAUCACAUGUAUGUUUUUAAUGACCGUGAUCGUUAUGCCCCCGCAAAUUGGAAUUAUCAUUUAUUGAGAAACAUGUGGAAGGCGGCGCCACUGAGUUGUGCCAUAGCAACUCAUCUCGGUGUCGUCGUGAAAGCUUUCAACACUAUGAGCCAGUGAAGUGUAUCCAUCGGGACAGUGGCGUGAAAAUGGCGGUGUAAAAAUGGCAGGACGUAGAUCGACGUUGACAAAUGCUGAUUCCCUGUCGGGAUCGGGGAAUGCUGACCCUUUAAGAGAACUGUUCGAGGCGUGCAAAACUGGAGACCUCCCGAGGGUAAAGGCGUUGGUUACACCGAAGACGGUCAAUGCUCGAGACACUGCCGGACGCAAGUCCACCCCCCUGCAUUUUGCAGCUGGUUACGGUAGGAGGGAUGUAGUAGAAUUUUUACUUUCUGCUGGAGCAUCCAUUCAAGCGCGCGACGAUGGUGGUUUACAUCCUUUGCACAAUGCUUGUUCUUUCGGCCACUCCGAUGUGGUGAGACUCCUCUUGGAAGCAGGAGCUAAUCCAAAUACUAGAGAUAAUUGGAAUUAUACUCCACUGCAUGAAGCUGCCAUUAAGGGUAAAAUAGAUGUUUGUAUUGCCCUGCUGCAACAUGGAGCAGACGCGAAUAUAAGAAACACGGAAGGGAAAACAGCUUUAGAAUUAGCAGAUCCUGCAACUAAACCAGUAUUAACAGGAGAAUAUAAAAAGGAUGAGUUGUUAGAGGCAGCAAGAUCGGGAAAUGAGGAACGUCUCCUGCAACUUCUAAAUCCAUUAAAUGUAAACUGCCAUGCGAGCGAUGGUAGAAGGUCUACACCACUGCAUUUAGCUGCUGGGUACAAUAGAUCCAGAGUGGUGCAGAUUUUAUUGCAAAACGGUGCGGACGUGCAUGCAAAGGAUAAAGGAGGUCUUGUUCCACUCCACAAUGCCUGUUCUUAUGGUCAUUUUGAAGUAACCGAAGCACUUCUUAAGCACGGUGCAGCUGUUAAUGCAAGUGACUUGUGGGCAUUCACUCCGCUGCACGAAGCUGCUAGUAAAUCCAGAGCCGAGGUGUGCUCGCUACUUUUAAGCGAGGGUGCAGAUCCGACUCAAUUAAACUGCCACAGUAAAAGCGCUAUCGAUGUGGCUCCGACAUUGGAAUUACAAGAAAGACUAGGAUACGAAUACAAGGGACACUGCCUCUUGGAUGCCUGCAGGCAGGCAGAUCUUACUAAGUUAAAAAAGUACCUGUCCCAAGAAGUUGUAAACUUUAAACACCCAUAUACUGGGGAUACACCACUGCACUGUGCCGUUGCAUCUCCCUAUCCCAAGAGAAAACAAGUAAUAGAAUCAUUGAUUAGGAAAAAUGCUGCCUUAAACGAGAAAAAUAAAGACUUUUUAACGCCACUUCACGUGGCCACUGAUCAUUCUCAUUACGAUGCAAUGGAUGUGCUACUUAGACAUAACGCUAAAGUCAAUGCUUUAGAUGGAUUAGGGCAAACUGCACUACACAGGUGCGUUAGAGAAGACAAUGUGCAAGCUUGCAGAAUAUUGUUAUCAUACAAUGUUGAUCCAUCUAUAGUAUCGCUUCAGGGCUAUACUGCGGCACAAGUAGCUGCAGAAAAUGUCCUUAAAAUACUACAAGAUCCGCCAAGCGGGACAGACGACGCGGAAGCGCAGCUCUUGGAGGCAAGUAAAUCCGGCGAUUUAGCGGCGGUAGAAAGAAUUUUGCAAACGACUCCGCAUGCUGUGAAUUGUCGCGACUUGGAUGGUAGACACUCCACACCGCUGCACUUUGCAGCGGGAUUUAAUAGAGUGCCUGUAGUCGAAUAUUUAUUGGCACAUGGAGCAGACGUACACGCCAAAGAUAAAGGUGGACUGGUUCCCUUACACAAUGCCUGCUCUUACGGUCAUUACGAGGUAACGGAAUUGUUAGUGAAACACGGUGCAUCGGUGAAUGUUGCGGAUUUAUGGAAGUUCACUCCGCUUCACGAAGCUGCUGCCAAAGGAAAAUAUGAAAUAGUACGCUUGUUGUUGAGACACGGUGCAGACGCUACGAAAAAGAAUAGAGACGGUGCGACCCCGUUGGAUUUAGUCAGAGACGGCGAUCAAGAUGUAGCGGACCUGUUACGUGGAAACAGUGCUCUUCUGGACGCGGCGAAGAAAGGGAAUCUGGCCAGAGUGCAACGACUGGUUACCCAAGACAAUAUCAAUUGCAGGGAUGCGCAGGGUCGCAACAGCACUCCGUUACAUUUAGCCGCGGGAUACAAUAACCUGGAGGUAGCAGAGUUUUUGCUUGAACGUGGAGCCGACGUGAAUGCUCAGGAUAAAGGAGGAUUGAUACCCCUGCACAACGCUUCGAGCUACGGUCACUUAGACAUUGCUGCGCUAUUGAUCAAGUAUAAUACUGUAGUGAAUGCGACUGACAAAUGGGGUUUCACGCCGCUUCACGAGGCAGCGCAGAAGGGGAGGACGCAACUGUGCGCCCUUUUGCUAGCCCACGGAGCUGAUCCCUUCUUGAAGAAUCAAGAGGGACAAACUCCUGUGGAUUUAGCUAGUGCCGACGACGUGAGGUGUCUGUUGCAGGAUGCUAUGGCUACACAGCAAGUAGUACCUUCGGUACCAUCCGGUAAUGGCGGUGUUGGGGUAGCCAUUAACCUGACUGGUAAUGGUAAUAGUACUAUCAACAGCAGGCCGCCCAGUAUCGUUGCAGGUAUGCGCAACCUUUCACUCGAAAACUAUGUUUCAUUGUCUGUAAAUACACGAUACUUCAUAUUCAUUAAUUUCGGUGUAGUUCCAGUUACACCUCCGCCACCGCUUACCCAGGAAACCGUCAUCAUGCCCUCGGGAACCGCCAUGACUUUGUGCGUACCGCUCGCCAGACCGUCUUCUUGUUUGAGUCCCAUGCCUCCAUCCGAAACAUGUUCCGAGAGAGAUUCCAAAGAUUCGAAAGACAAUUCGAAUAUCACAACCGUGGCUGGUUUCCUCCAGAGUCUUGGCUUGGAACAUCUGUUGGAAUUGUUCGAACGAGAACAGAUCACGUUGGACAUACUGGCGGAAAUGGGCCACGAGGAUCUGAAGCAAGUCGGCGUUUCUGCGUACGGAUACAGGCAUAAGCUGAUCAAAGGAAUGGAGAAACUUUUGAACACCACCGCUGGCACUCCUUGGCAGCCAACGCUCACACCUGGAACGCUUCUAGUGGAUUUAUUAGCGGAAGACAAGGAAUUUUUAGCCGUCGAGGAAGAAAUGCAGAGUACUAUUAGGCAACAUAGAGAUAACGGCCACUCCGGUGGCAUAUUUUCUAGAUACAACAUAGUUAGGAUACAAAAAGUGCAAAAUCGCAAACUGUGGGAGCGUUACGCGCACAGGAGGCAGGAGGUGGCAGAAGAAGUCGGUGCCGCGGCACCUUCGUCCCCUGGCACUGGUUCCAGGACCACUCCCGGCUCAACCUUGCCCCAAGCAAACGAAAGAAUGCUGUUCCAUGGCAGUCCAUUUAUCAACGCCAUUGUACAGAAAGGAUUUGAUGAACGACAUGCUUACAUCGGUGGUAUGUUUGGGGCUGGAAUUUAUUUCGCCGAGCACAGCAGUAAAAGCAACCAAUACGUGUACGGGAUAUGCGGAGGUACCGGCUGUCCAGCCCAUAAGGAUCGGAGUUGCUACAUUUGCCACAGACAUUUAUUACUCUGCCGCGUGACGCUUGGCAAGUCAUUUUUGCAAUUCUCCGCGAUGAAAAUGGCUCAUGCGCCGCCCGGCCAUCACAGCGUGAUGGGCAGGCCGUCGCAGGGUGGCCUGGUCUUCCCUGAAUACGUCGUCUACAGAGGUGAACAAGCGUAUCCGGAGUAUUUGAUCACCUAUCAAAUCGCCAGGCCUCAGCCGGAAAGCGGAGGAAGCGAAAGUGUCGAGGAACGGUGAUCGGAAGAGUCCAGCCCUGCGGCAAGAUUGCGAAGUCUCUGUUGUUGCCAGAGACCCCGAACAUGCAACACGCUGUCUUAAUACCACGGUGACAUUACGCGCGCGUAAAUCCGUUGCAGGAGUUUCAUCACCGAAAAAGUCAAACUGUUUCGAGUACCCGAAGAAGGAAGGGUUCGUUCGAAGAUUCCAUAGGAAUUUUUUAAGAUGGGAGGCAUUUCGUCAUGGAUAAAUUCACGCGUAUCCAUUCUAGAGUUAAAACGGUUCUAGGAAACAAAUUUGAUUUCGGUUUACAAUCGAUUCUUCCAAGUUUCUUUUCUUUUUUUUUCAACCGUUUUCCAAAGCACGAAGUUCAUUUCAAUGAAUCCGUUACAAAGCGAUAAGCGAUUUUUAACAAUAUUUGUCGGGUCUGUUCAUUUAAAGUUCAAAGAAGACAAUUGAUAGGACAUUUAAUUUGUAGCAUUUAUUUGUGAUAAUGUAAUGGUCCGACUUGACCACGCAAUCAUACACACGACUGAUUAUUGAUGUAUAUUAACUACGGUGUAUAUAAUUGUAUCAGCAUGAAUUAGAAUAUCAAAGACCAGCAUGAUUUUUUAUGUGAAUCGAUAAAUGUUCGUCUUUAUUAAGGGGAAUCAUGAUACGUACGUAUACAGAUAAUUAUAAAUAACUUCUAGUUAUCACGCCUAAAUUGUCAACGGAUGAUGGUACGGCGCGGUAUCUCUCGAGGAGAGGCCGUUUGAAAGGAAGACAUAAUAUUUCUACGUCUGUGUCAAUUUUCAAUGAAAUAAUUAUGCUGGUUAGAAGUAACUGCUCUAAUCGUAUGCGUUACAGGUAAAGUCUAUGGAGCAAAUAUAUUUGUUUCAUCCGCGAAGAACAAUUGCCCGACGAACUAAAAAUCAACAUUAUUGACACAACGAAUGGUAUUACAUUUAGUAUUUCUAUCGUUCUCGCAAGAACAUCCGUCAUCCCGCCGCGUAACUUGCAAUUUUCAUUUUAAUUAGACGUUGGACUUUACCUCUAACAUGUAUAUACAUACGCGAGUAUUUUAUAUAUUCGGUUGAUGAUAGUUCAGGCAUAGAAUAAUUCAUUCAUGUUGACGAUAUUAUCAACAGGGUUCCUAUAAGCUCGUAGUAAUUUUUGAAUAUUGUACAU